GAGGAUGAGAGCGAAACAGACAGCCAGACGGAGAGGCUUUCUGUACCAAUAGGAAAUACAUUAGGCUUUCCUAAAAGGACGUGGGAAUUAAACACCAAGGAUGAGAAGCAAUGACUGAAUGCAUGACGACAGGGCCUCAGAGGGUGUGCCUGCCCACUGGAAGUUCUGAUCUGAUGAGGACAGCAGGAGCCUGUGUCAUGACUUUAUGAAGCCAGAGAAUCGUCCCCUCAGCCCAAAACAGCCCUGGCCUCCUAGUUGCUGUCUCUCCUCUUGCGUAUGAAACUAUGGACUAAAGUAACUGCCUGACAUGAGUGUGCCAAUAUCAAGGCUGUCGCAGAACUUCACAGUGCAGACGUGGAAAAUGACAGCUUGAGGCCACCCUGGCGGCCACGGAGCCCUUCGCUGCAGUCUGGGCAGCGCACCCGCGUGAUCACAUGACUCUGGACAUGGACGCGGUCCUGUCGGACUUUGUCCGGUCCACAGGAGCCGAACCUGGUCUGGCACGAGACCUGCUGGAAGGUAAGAACUGGGACCUGAGCGCGGCUCUCAGCGAUUUCGAGCAGCUGCGGCAGGUGCACACCGUCAACCUUCCGCGGGUCUUUAACGAGGGCCGCUACUACAAGCAGCCGGAGCGGGACACGCCCCAACACCUCAGCAAGGUCGGCCGGUCCUGCCAGACCAAGCAGGAGGACAAUGCUCAAGAGAAGCGUCUGUCUCGAGGCAUCUCCCACGCCAGCUCGGCCAUCGUGUCCCUGGCCCGUUCUCACGUGGCCAGCGAGUGCAACAGCGAGCAGCUGCCCCUGGAGAUGCCCAUCUACACCUUCCAGCUGCCCGACCUCAGCGUGUACAGCGAGGACUUCCGCUGCUUCAUCGAGAAGGACCUCAUCGAGCAGGCCACCAUGGCCGCUCUGGAGCAGGCCGGACGUCUGAACUGGUGGUCCACCAUGUGUUCCAGCUGUAAACGGCUACUCCCAUUGGCCACGACAGGGGACGGGAACUGCCUAUUGCACGCAGCCUCUUUAGGGAUGUGGGGUUUCCACGACAGAGAUCUGGUGCUGAGGAAGUCUCUGUAUGCGAUGAUGAAGAGUGGGGCGGAGAGAGAGGCUCUGAAGAGGAGGUGGAGAUGGCAGCAGACCCAGCAGAACAAGGAGUCGGGACUGGUGUACACAGAAGAGGAAUGGGAGAAAGAGUGGAAUGAGCUGCUGAAACUCGCCUCCAGUGAGCCACGCACGCACUUCAGCAAGACCGGAAACACCGGUGGGGGGGUGGAUAAUUCGGAGGAUCCCGUGUACGAGAGCCUGGAGGAGUUCCACGUGUUCGUGCUGGCCCACGUCCUGCGCAGACCCAUCGUGGUGGUCGCCGACACCGUGCUCCGAGACUCCGGCGGAGAAGCCUUUGCUCCUAUCCCAUUUGGAGGCCUAUAUCUGCCGCUGGAGGUUCCCCCAAACCGCUGCCACUGUUCCCCCUUGGUGCUGGCCUACGACCAGGCCCACUUCUCCGCUCUGGUGUCCAUGGAGCAGAAGGACCAAAACCGAGAACAAGCCGUUAUCCCGCUGACCGACUCAGAGCACAGGUUGCUUUCCCUCCAUUUUGCCGUGGACCCAGGCAGGGACUGGGACUGGGGGCAGGAUGACAACGACAACGGCAAGCUCGCCAAUCUGAUCCUGUCCUUGGAAGCAAAAUUAAACCUUUUGCACAGCUACAUGAAUGUAACAUGGAUAAGAAUCCCAUCAGAAACAAGGGCCCCCCUGGCUCAGCCGGAGUCCCCCACUGCCUCAGCAGGAGAGGACGUGCAGUCCCUGGCCGACUCCAUGGACUCGGACCGCGAUUCCGUCUGCAGCAACUCCAAUGUCAACGGGGGCAAGUCGGGCAAGGACAAGGACAAGCAGCGCAAGGACAAGAACCGCGCCGACUCGGUGGCCAACAAGCUGGGGACGCUCAGCAAGUCCCUGGGCAUCAAGCUGAAGAAGAACAUGGGGGGCCUGGGAGGGUUAGUCCACGGGAAGAUCAAUAAGACCAACGCCAGCAAUGCCCGCGGUGUGGAGAACGGGGAAGCCAAGGCCAAGAAGAAGGACUCCAAAACCCGCAAGGGGAGCAAGGAGGACUCGGGCCAGUCCGCCAGCACCACUUCUUCCGAGAAGGCCACCAGCCCCUCCCCUGUCGAUAGGACCUCAGGUGCCUCUCCCGUCGAGAAGCCGGGGGCUCCAGGCAAGCCCGCCAGUGACCGGGCCUCGGAGCAGUGGAAGUACAGUACGGACGUCAAGCUGAGUGUCAAUAUCUUGCGGGCGGCCAUGCAGGGCGAGAGGAAGUUCAUCUUCGCCGGCCUGCUGCUGACCAGCCACCGGCACCAGUUCCACGAGGAGAUGAUCAGCUUCUACCUGAGCAGCGCCCAGGAGCGCUUCAGCACCGAGCAGGAACAGAAGAGGAAAGAGGCCGAGAAGAAACCCCCAUCCAACGGGGUGACCUUGAAGAAGCCCGAACAGGAGAGCGCCUUCCAGAAGGAGCGGUCCGACAGGUCGGACAGCUCGCCAAACGAGAGCUGCUCCCCAGUCCUGCACCAGAGCCGCAGCUCCCAGCUGGUCCCGAAGGUCCUGGGGAGGCAGAGCCCUACGCCCGCCCCCUUCUCCUCCCCGGGCAUCAAGAGGGUGGGGCCUGUACCCGUGUCCGCCCACUACAGCCAUACCCCGCCUGUGCAGAGGCAUAGCGUCAUCCACCUGCGGGAUGUCAACCUGCAGCCCUCCAGCUUGCGGGAAGAGCCGUACCGGCCUGUGGUCGGCACCCUAAAGACCUGUGCCACCUACCCGCAGCAGAACCGCACCCUGUCCUCCCACAGCUACAGCCCCGCCCGGGGGGUCCGCAGCGUCGCAGCGGACACGCCGCAGUCCCUCGUUUACGGCACGCCUGCCGGGCACAAGUCGCACACCUACACCAACGGAUUCGGCACUGCCGAUAUCCGCGACUGCCUGGAGUUCGCUGAUGAGGACUCCCCGCGAACGCGGCCCAAAAACGACAGAACCAAAGGCCGCAGCGCCGGGUGCGCUCUCUACUGCCCCCAGCAGGAGCAGUGCAAGAGGGACAACUGCUCCUUCUACGGACGGCCGGAAACUGAAAACUUUUGCUCCUACUGCUACAAGGAGGAGCUGAAACGCAGGGAGAGGGAGAGGGAGAGGGAGGGAAAGGUACACAGACCUGGAUAGCCCAGGGCCAAUGCGGACGCAGCUGCCGCAUGUAACCGGUCAACCCCAGAAACACUCCUAGAUGAGACACGGAGAGGAUGCUGGAACCAGAAAUAUCCCUCUGUGCUCUAAGAAUCACGCAUAGCCACAGCUGAGGUUGCAAAAGGACCGACUCCCUACUUCCCCUCAAUGAACUGCAUUUCCUCAUGCAAUUGUGACAAUACCUUUCUAUUAAUAAGAGCGGACAGUGGUACUUGACAUUAGUGCAACUGAAAUUAGUUUACAGCUUUGGCCAGAGACCUUGUUUUUAUCACACAGUUUUAUUAAUUGAAUUGAGACACCAUUUUUAAUGCCAUGGCACAUACUGAUCCCCUAUUUUAACAGAGACAGAAGUGAAGCUUAAUUUAGCAAAACUAAGGGAAAAAAUUACCUACACAGUACUGUUUUUAAGU